GCGCACCUGCUUGUGUGUGUGUUAAAGGGGAGAGGCAUGUAAGGAAGAGGGGGAAUGGCCAGAAUUCUGACUGGAAGGCUCCUUGGAGUAACUCAGAAAGGAAGAGAAUAGUGAAUUCCUUCAGUUGCUCGGUCCGGUUAACCACACUUCCGGAUGCUCCAUUCGAAGGUCAUUUAGUGUGUUGUCAAAGAAUUUGACCGAACUCAGGGGUGAGAGUUCGAUCCACGCACUCCCAUUCUGUUGACGAUGGAAUUUCUGAAGUACUGUGUGCUUAGAAGAAACGCGGCGUGCCUGUGGAGACGCAGAACUGUACAAAAGCCUUCAGUUAGGAAGAUCAGUACUACCUCGCCGAGGAGCACCGUCAUGCCCGCUUGGGUGAUAGACAAGUAUGGGAAGAAUGAUGUGCUGCGGUUCACUCAGAACAUGAUGAUACCCAUCAUCCAUUAUCCUAAUGAAGUCAUCAUCAAAGUCCAUGCUGCGAGUGUAAACCCCAUAGAUGUUAAUAUGAGAAGUGGUUACGGAGCCACAGCGUUGAACAUGAAACGGGAUCCUUUACACAUCAAAACCAAAGGGGAGGAGUUUCCACUGACCUUGGGGAGGGACGUCUCUGGAGUGGUGAUGGAAUGUGGCCUGGACGUGAAGUACUUCAAGCCUGGAGAUGAAGUCUGGGCUGCGGUCCCUCCCUGGAAACAAGGCACUUUCUCAGAGUUUGUUGUCGUCAAUGGGAAUGAGGUCUCUCACAAGCCCAAGUCACUCACUCAUACUCAAGCUGCCUCUUUGCCGUACGUGUCACUCACAGCCUGGUCUGCCAUCAACAAGGUUGGUGGGCUGAGUGACAAGAACUGCGCAGGAAAACGUGUCUUAAUCUUGGGUGCUUCAGGUGGAGUUGGUACUUUUGCUAUACAGGUAAUGAAAGCAUGGGGUGCUCAUGUAACAGCAGUUUGCUCUCAAGAUGCCAGUGAACUUGUGACGAAGCUUGGGGCUGAUGAUAUCAUCGAUUACAAAUCUGGAAGUGUGGCAGAGCAAUUGAAGUCCUUAAAACCGUUUGAUUUUAUCCUUGAUAACGUCGGUGGAUCCACUGAGACAUGGGCUCUGAAUUUUCUCAAGAAGUGGUCCGGAGCCACCUAUGUGACUUUGGUGACCCCCUUCCUCCUCAACAUGGACCGACUGGGCAUAGCAGAUGGCAUGUUGCAGACAGGGGUCACUGUGGGUUCCAAGGCCUUGAAGCAUUUCUGGCAAGGUGUGCAUUAUCGCUGGGCCUUUUUCAUGGCCAGUGGUCCAUGUCUGGAUGAGAUUGCAGAGCUGGUGGACGCAGGAAAGAUCCGACCCGUGAUUGAGCAAACCUUUCCUUUCUCUCAAGUUCCUGAAGCCUUCCUGAAGGUGGAAAAGGGACACGCCCGGGGCAAGACUGUGAUUAACGUUGUUUAAAUUUAAUUAAACAUUAAACAUGUGCAGUUGAGC